AUGUCUUGGUUCUCUUGGCUUUUCACUGUGUGGCCUUCUUCAGCCCUAUCCCUGCUCCUUGUGGGGCUUGUGGGCAGACAGCUGGUGCUCAGCGUGGUAGUGGAGUGUGUCCAGACAGUGUCUUGUUCUCGGUGGGGAACACCCAGCAAUCAGGGUCUGUUCCAGGAUGGAGAUGUAGUUAUCGGUGGGCUCUUUACUAUUCAUUACCAACCUCCAGCUAUAGACAACGACUUCACUCAGCUGCCACACUACAAACCUUGCACUGGAUUAGAACAAGUUCCACUGCAAUAUAUACAUGCUAUGGUGUUUGCGGUGGAGGAAAUCAAUCGUAGCACAGUGCUGCUACCAGGUGUGAAGCUGGGGUACCAUAUUUUGGAUAGCUGUGGCCGACCGCCAUGGGCUCUCCAGGCAGCACUGUCACUGGUUGGGGGAGACAGCCCCAGCUGUAAUUCAGCAGACCCUCCAGACUAUUCUGCUGAGUAUGGAGAGGGAAUUGGAGAAGGGAGAGUUUCCUUGAUCAUCGGUGGUGCUUCAUCCGUAACAGGCCAGAUACUGUCCAGGAUCCUGGGCCCACUCUCUAUCAGCUACUUGUCGAGCUGCCCCUGUCUCAGUGACAGGCGUCAAUUUCCUAACUUCUUCAGGACCAUCCCCAGUGAUAUUUACCAAGCCCGGGCCAUUGCCCAGCUUGCCAUACACUUCAACUGGACCUGGAUUGGGGCAGUGGUAGCAAACAAUAAUUACGGCCACAUGGCAGUAAAGGUAUUUCAGGAGGAGACUCAGGGGAAAGGGGUGUGUCUGGCAUUCAUAGAGACUCUCCAAAGGGAAAACAUUGUGAGUGAUGCCAGACGAGCAGCACUCACAAUUCAGGCCUCAACUGCGAAAGUGAUUCUGAUCUUUACCUGGUACACAGAUGUGAGGGAACUGUUCCUGCAACUCGCCAAGAUAAAUGUGACUGACAGACAGUUUCUGGCCAGUGAGGCUUGGAGCACCAGUGGUGAUCUUAUACAAAAUGUUGUCUCAAGUAAAGUAGCAAAAGGUGUUCUUGGUGUUGCCAUUAGAAGCUCAGCUAUACCUGGAUUUGAAACUCAUAUUCGAAGUUUGCACCCAUCUCAUCAUCCUGAUGACGAGUUCUUAAGAGAAUUCUGGGAAGCCGAAUUUGGAUGCAGUCCUGGGGCCACACCUUUCUUUUCACAUUCCUCUCAAUCCUUCAAAUCUGUAACCCCUUCUCAAAGUGGCACCGAGUCACUGGAGGGAGUUCAGAAUCACUUCACUGACACCUCCCAGCUGCGAGUGGCAUAUAAUGUCUACCUUGCCGUUUAUGCUGCAGCCCACGCCCUUCACAGCCUUCUGUCCUGCCCUGAUAGAAACAGUUCACCCAGACACAACAGCUCCACCUGCUCCUCUCCAAAACAUAUCAAACCCAAAGAGCUGUUGCAGCACUUGAACCACAUAAAUUUCACCACACCACAGGGUGAAAUGUUUUACUUCCAAGGUGCCGACAUUCCAGCAAAGUAUGACCUUGUUAACUGGCAGAGCACCCCCAAGGGUUCACAAAAACUUGUUUUGAUUGGUCGUGUGGAUGGUUUUGACCUCGACCUCAGUGAGUCAGCUAUUCAGUGGAGCACAGGAUCAAGUCAGGUGCCUAUUUCAGUGUGCAGUGAGAGCUGUCCCCCAGGCACCCGCAAGGCCAAUAGGAAAGGAGAACCUCUCUGCUGCUUUGACUGUAUCCCAUGUGCUGAAGGGGAGAUAAGCAAAACAAAAGGCUCCCUUCACUGUGAGCGUUGUCCAUUAGAGUUUUGGUCCAAUGCUGAACAAACUGCCUGCACCCCUCGCCAGCUGGACUUCCUUUCCUUUAAUGAAACUCUGGGCAUUACCCUGACUACUGCAGCUGUGUCUGGUGCUGCCAUUACAACAGCUGUGUUUGUGGUCUUUCUCUGCCACCGUCAAACACCUGUGGUUCGAGCCAACAAUUCAGAACUGAGCUUUCUGCUACUCCUGUCACUAAAGCUCUGCUUCCUGUGCUCACUGGUGUUCAUUGGUCGUCCAUCAGUCUGGUCUUGUCGGUUCCAGCAGGCAGCUUUUGGGAUCAGCUUUGUACUUUGUGUUUCCUGCCUCCAAGUGAAGACUAUAGUUGUACUUGCAGCGUUCCGUUCAGCUCGGCCUGGUGCUGAAGCUUUGAUUAGAUGGUUUGGACCAGGCCAGCAGAGAGGAAGUGUCUGCCUUCUUACUUGUAUACAGAUUAUCAUCUGUGCCAUAUGGUUGUCCCUCAGCCCCCCGGUGCCUCAACGUGAUCUGGGUUUUCAAGGGUCAAAGGUCACCCUGGGGUGUGCCAUGGCCUCUGUGGUGGGCUUCUCUCUGGUUCUGGGUUACAUUGGUCUGCUGGCCUGCACCUGUCUCCUCCUGGCCUUUCUUGCUCGGAAACUCCCUGACAACUUCAAUGAAGCCAAACUGAUCACCUUCAGCAUGCUGAUAUUCUGUGCUGUCUGGGUGGCCUUUGUCCCUGCUUACAUUAGCUCUCCUGGGAAAUAUACUGUUGCUGUAGAGAUUUUUGCAAUCCUGGCCUCUAGCUAUGGUUUACUGGUCUGCAUCUUUGCCCCCAAAUGUUUUAUCAUUCUCUUGAGGCCUGAGAAAAAUACUAAAAAACAUCUGAUGGCAAGGUAA